GACCGUCGCCCAGGUUGUGUCGAAAGCAUCCUGGUGUUAGCAGUUAGCUACCCGCUGACAAAAACACAAACUAAGGCAUGAAUAUUUUUACAACGCGCGAACUAUUAACGCGGCUCUAGCGGAGACAAAGAAGACAAGGACCUACCCACACCCCACUUUCCAACAUGGUUUGAUAGCUGGCAUGUGAAGAGACCAGUUAACGUAGCUAACUAUUAGCGCUAGCUAACGUUCAAACUUUGACGGGCAGCAGCAACAAUUCGCUAGCUAGCUGCUAGUUUGAUUGACUACAACCAUUCCGGCUAGCCAGGUAACACCUUGUUAUUGUAGCAGGUAUGCUAACUAAUUAGCAUCUCGUGUGUGUACUGAGUAAUAACGCGUUUUUUGAUCAGCCAUUUAAAACUAGCGUUAUUACUAAGUAACGUCCGCUAACUGAUCAAUAAUGACUGCUGUUGAGCGGCUAAUGCUAACGUUAGCGGUUUAAACUUCACUGUAACUAACACACAAUUACGCAGUGUUAGUGCUGAUUAUCUUUGUCCCAGCUAAUAGUGAAAUUAGGCGAACAGCAGCUACUGAACAGCUGUAACCUGAAAAGCUACGCGUCUGUGUUUUCUUAUUGAUUCGGCCAAUCACAUGAGAUAAAUAAUGCUAAACACCAGGAUGUCAAACGCAUGGGGAUUAACGUUAAGGCAGCAGUAUUUUGUAGAAAACACAGCUGUCCGGUCAUUUCGGUAAUCCUUGUUUUCCUCAUCAUGCGGCUUCAGUAGAUGUUUGUAAUUGCUGAGAGUUGAGUUUAACGUCUUGUAUCUGCCAACACAUUUGGCUACGUAGUUCACCGUAAACAGACUGUAUAGGCUAGAGUCUACUUUUCUUUAAGUUAUGCCUGGGGACGCAUCAGAUAGUAGCGAUGACUCCGAUACCAAAACAAAUGAAAAGGCCUGCACCGUCAAGCAUCAAAUCACCAAUGCUAACCUCACAGGUCACACCGAGAGGGUCGGCAUGGAGAACUUUGAGUUGCUCAAAGUCUUGGGCACUGGAGCUUAUGGAAAAGUGUUUUUGGUCAGGAAAAACACCGGUCACGAUGUGGGCCAGCUGUACGCUAUGAAGGUGUUAAAAAAAGCAGCCAUCGUUCAAAAGGCAAAGACAACAGAACACACUCGCACUGAGAGGCAGGUGCUGGAGCACAUCCGCCAGUCUCCUUUCCUGGUCACGCUCCACUAUGCCUUUCAGACGCAGAGCAAACUACAUCUCAUCCUGGACUACGUGAGCGGUGGGGAGAUGUUCACUCAUUUGUACCAGCGGGAUCACUUUCCUGAGGAGGCGGUGCGGAUUUAUAUCGGGGAAAUCAUCCUGGCUCUGGAGCACCUGCACAAGCUUGGCAUCGUGUACCGAGACAUCAAAUUGGAAAACAUUCUUCUUGACAGUGACGGCCAUGUGGUAUUGACAGAUUUUGGGCUCAGCAAGGAGUUUCUGGAAGAAGAGAAGGAAAGGACGUACUCUUUCUGUGGUACCAUUGAGUACAUGGCACCUGAAAUCAUCAGGGGGAAAUCUGGGCAUGGCAAGUCUGUAGAUUGGUGGAGCCUUGGGAUCCUGAUGUUUGAGCUUCUGACGGGAGCAUCUCCGUUUACCUUGGAGGGGGAGAGGAACUCCCAGAGUGAGGUGUCAAAACGUAUUUUGCGCUGUGAUCCACCGUUCCCCUCUAUGAUUGGAUCCACUGCUCAGGACCUGCUGAGGAAGCUGUUGGUGAAAGAUCCCCACAAGAGGCUGGGCUCUGGACCGCGUGGGUCUGAAGACAUCAAAGCACAUCCCUUUUUCAAGGGACUGAACUGGGCCGACCUAGCACAGAAGAAGGUGCAAAGUCCGUUCAAGCCAGAGCUGAAGAGCGAACUCGACGUGGGGAACUUUGCUGAGGAGUUCACCGGGAUGGAUCCCGUCUACUCUCCGGCGAGCACGCCGCCAAGCACUGACCGCCUGUUCCAGGGUUACUCCUUUAUUGCUCCCUCCAUCCUGUUCAACAAGAACGCGGUCAUGGGAGACUUUGUGCAAUCCCAGAUUGGUGCUGAGCGUCCUGCUUCAGCCUCUGUCCAGCGCAGUGCAAUGUUAGAGGAAUCCCAGUUUUUUCAGCACUAUGAGCUGUGUCUUCACGGGCCGCCCCUCGGCGAAGGUAGUUUCUCGGUGUGCAGGAAGUGCCGACACAAGCAGACCGGCCACGAGUAUGCUGUCAAGAUCGUCAGCCGCAGAAUGGAGGCAAACAGCCAGAGGGAGAUCGCUGCUUUGAGGCAAUGUGAGAGUCACCCAAAUAUCGUCAAGCUCUAUGAAGUCUAUACUGAUCAGUACCACACAUAUUUAGUGAUGGAGCUUCUGCGAGGUGGCGAGUUGCUGGAAAGAAUCAAGAGGAAAAAACUCUUUGGAGAGGCGGAGGCCAGUCAGCUGUUACAGAGCCUGGUGUCAGCCGUCAGCUUCAUGCACGAGGCGGGAGUCGUGCACAGAGACCUCAAACCAGAGAAUGUGCUCUUCGCAGAUGAGGGGGAGGACUCCAUGCUCAAAGUAAUAGAUUUUGGAUUUGCCCGUCUGUGCCCCGCAGGCAGCGCCCCCCUGCAGACUCCCUGCUUCACGCUGCAGUACGCUGCACCUGAACUUUUUGAGAGUGCAGGAUACGACAAAGCCUGCGACCUCUGGAGUCUCGGGGUCAUCUUGUACACCAUGCUGUCAGGCCAGGUGCCAUUUCAGAGCGAGCAGCGGGGGAUGACCUCAUCAUAUGCUGCUGACAUCAUGCAAAAGAUUAAGGAGGGUGAUUUCUCGUUGGACGGGGAGGCCUGGAAGGGCGUAUCGGAGGAUGCCAAAGAGCUCGUUAAAGGCCUACUGACAGUGGACCCAGAAAUGCGUCUCAAACUCUCUGAUCUGAAAGAGAACAGCUGGCUGCAGGGCGGAGCAUCCAUGUCCACCACUCCUUUGUGCACUCCGGAUGUGCUGGAGUCUAGUGGGCCUACUGUCCGCACCUAUGUCAACGCCACCUACAAGGCUUUCAACCGUGGUAAGAGAGAGGGCUUCUUUCUGAAGAGUGUCGAUAAUGCUCCCCUCGCAAAACGCAGAAAGCUGAAGAUGACAAGUACAGGUGUAGAGACCCGAUGGAGUUCAUCUUCUUCCUCCUCCUCUUCUUCCACAUCCUCCUCUGCCUCUGCAUCUGCAACAGCAUCUAAAGCACAGCCAAAGCAAACUGUGACCCCAAAGCAGAGCUAGCCUAAACAGCCGGGGAGAGAACAGAAGGAAACGAAGAGGUAUGAGCUUAAACUGGAGACAAGAUGUCCUCCAGUGGUGAUAGGGUCACUCCGUUCCAAAAAACCAACCUGACAAACCAAAAAACUGGUUUAGGUUAGUAUUUCGCUUUCAAUUUCAAUUGAAUUCCACCUUUUUACAGCAAAGCACCUUCGUUCAUUAUGCCCAAACUGUAUUUUCCUUGAGCUAAUGGAAUAGAAGAUGGUAGAAAUCUAGUUUGGCAUCUUUAAGAUGUACAGAAAUCUGUGGCCUUGAGAAAAAUAUUAUUACUCAGUAUUCACUCACCAUAACAUGGUGACAUCACACACUAAAAGUUAAAAAUGAGACAUUUACUUGUUUUCACUGUGGGUAAGAAACAGUGCCUAGCUAUAUAGGGAUAAAGGGAAAAAGGAGCCAUAAAUGAGCAGAAGCCAUAUACAUAUACAUAUAUACAGCAAAGCAGUGAAUAUAUCAAUUGAGCCGUUGUGAAUACACUCAAAGUUGCACAUAGCAAAUGAAAAGUCCUUCCAGGAAUUUGUAGGCUCAGUUCUUUGUAUCUUUGUAGAUUGCAUAUAGUUAUUUUGUAUGGAGCCCCUAAAGUCCUGAAAGGUAUUACUUUUUAUCUUGUGUUUACAAGUUAUUAACCUGUGGGAACAAGUUAUUAUUUUAUUCGCACAAAUUAGCCUGUUAUCAUCUGGAAACAAGUCAUUUAUCUUGUUUACCCAAGUUAGCCCAUUACCUUGUGUGCAUAAGUUAUUAUCUUUUGGGAACAAUUUAUUAUCUUGUGUACAGAAUUUAUCAUUUUGUGGGAACAAGUUAUUAAUUUUGUUCACACAACUUUUUAUCUUGUGGGAACAAGCCAUUAUUUGUGAGCACAACUUGUCUGUUUUUAUCUUGUGUUCACAAGAUAAUAACUUGUUCCCACAAGAUAGUUCCUGAAAGAUCAUUUGUUCCCACAAGAUUAGAACUUGUUCCCACAAGAUAAUAGCUUGUUUUUGCAAAUAAUAACUUGUUCCUUCAAGAUAAUUAUUUGUUCCCACAAGAUAAGGUUCCCAUAAGGUAAGAACUUGUUCCCACAACCUAUUAUCUUGUGUGCUCAAACUAUUGUAGAAAUAAGUUAUUAUCUUGUGGGAACAAAUGAUUAUCUUGUAUGCACAAGAUAAUCACUUGUUCCCACAAGAUAAUAAUUUGUUCCCACAAGAUGGUUCUCAGAAAAUUCUAAUCUGUUUCCACAAAAUAAUAAUUUGUUCCCACAAGAUAACUGGUUCACACAAGAUAAUAGCUUGUUCCCUCUAGAUAAUUUGUUUCCACAAGAUAGCAUACAAGAUAAUUUGUUUAUACAAGAUAAGAAGUUGCUCCCACAAGAUAAUAUCUUGUUCCCUCAAGACAAUAAUUUGUUCCCACAAGAUAGUACCUUGUUCCCUUGAGAUAAGAAUUUCUUCCCACAAGAUAAUUUGCCUACAUAAGAUAAGAACUUAUUCCCACAAGAUAAUAAUUUGUUCCCACAAGAUUGUUCCCACAAGAUAAUUUGUUUACACAAAAUAAGACCUUGUUCCCUUGAGAUAACAAUUUGUUCCCACAAGAAAGUUCCCACAAGAUAAUUUGCCUACAUAAGAUAAGAACUUAUUCCCACAAGAUAAUUUGUUCUCACAAGAUAACUUAUCUGCACAAAAUAACACAUUGUUCCCACAAGGUAACAAGCUGGUGCAACAGGUAAUAAUUAGUUCCCGCAAGAUAACUUGUGUGCACAAGAUAGAAAAUAUCACCUUUUUGGACUUUAGGUGCUCCGUAAUUUUGAACUUUGCCAUGUGUAAUUUUUGGCAAAAAUCUGCAAAACUUUGGCCACAGGUGCCACAUGUAGUCGAAUAGUAGUUUUGUAUGAACUUAGAAUUUUUUGCUGUUGCACUUUUUGCAGAGAAUGUAAAUGAUUAAAAAACGGCAAAUUGCUGGAAGGACUGAGGGCAGAGGGAAAUGCUUAGGAUAUGUAAAACCUUUGAGAGCAGAGGAUGCUGUAGUUCUCUAUUGGAUGCAGUUCUAACUGUGUCAGUCUGAAGGGCACUGACUGUUGCACCUACAGUACACUACCAACUCUACAUAUCCCUUUGAACACAACGCGGGGCGCAUGUCUUCAUCGAUUGCUCUGAUGAUGAAGUAUUUUUGGCAAACAAUCAUAGUUUGACUUGAAGUGGUCACAGUACUAACCAAGUGUCCAAUGGUAGCAGAGAUGAAGACACAGAAACAGUCAUGAAAUCAAGCGCGAUUUUCUCGUCAUACGUGCUGGUGUUGAUAUUAUUACUCGCGUUAUUGUGCCGCUCUGAAGAUUUCUAGCAUGCUAAUCUGUCGUGAUGAUGAACUGUAAGAACUUUUUCUAUAUUUUGGUAUCUUGGUAUCUCACUAAUGUCAUGCAGAAUGUUUCAAUGCUACCAAGUGCAGCUCGAGUGUUUGCACGUAGCAAAAUCCAUUUUGGUGAUUUUGCGUGUACAUCGCCUUGAGCUUGUGAAUUUUUAAAGGGUAUUUCUCUUUUUUUUUGCCUUUUCAGACCAGCGCCAUAUGCGGCUAUCACAAACACAAUCUGAUACAGUCUUUGACAUUAUGCUCAGCUUGUUGUCACCUGGGCUGUAAGGGUCACCAAAAUGUCUUUUUACAGAUGGUUUUAAAACAUCGUAGGGCUUUGAAUUUGAAAUAAUGUUACAGACACUUAAUCAUGACUUUAAAAUGGUUUUUCUGAUGAGACCAUCCUGCGAGAUCUGUAUAUACUCAUCCUUGAUUUAAAGAAAACAAAAAAAGAUGUAUGUAAUGACUUAAAAUCUGAAAAAUGUUUAAAUGGUAUUUUGGUCUCCUGAUGUAUUUUUAUUGGACUUUUUUUUUACAUGUUGCACAGUCAGUUGAUCAAUUAAACACAUUUCAGCUUUAAAGGUGCUUUCACUGAUAUUUAUUACAUGUAAUUGAUUUUAAUGCUGUGGUAAUGGGAUUGAUGAUUAAAUCGGCUCUUGUGUACCAGCGCCAUGAGUGUGUGUGUGUGUGCGUGUGUGUGUGGCUGUGUGAGAGGGUGAAUGGUGCUGGGAGGUUGGCUGUACCAGAAAUUUCUGUACCAGAUGAAGCAUUAUUGCAAGUUACUGUAUUAUUUCCUCGUUGUUGUUUGCCGCCUUUGUCUGUUUUAAAGGUAACUGGUUGUUCGUGUUUGAACAUUGAAAUUUUUACUUAAGGAACUGUGCUUUUAUUGGUGUUGAUAUUAUUUUGUUGUAGUAAAUGAUGUUUUCCUUUUCUCUUCUUUUUUUUUUUGAGCAUUACUAUUUUACUGAGAUGCACUGUCACUGAUGUUGUAACUGGGAAUUUAUCUUUUGCAUCAAGAUUUUUUUGGUUGGUGCAAAAUAAACUUUUAAAUAGA